UAUGCAAGGAGGGGAAAAAAUACAGCCAAAAGAACAACAUUAGCCUCCUCCAUGCUUUUAGCUCUGCCGCCAGUGUAGCAGCCAGCCAGCCUCCACCCCUCUGUCAUUUUAUUUUUAUGUUUUUCAGCGUCACAUCCCCCUGGCCGGAGGAAUGUAGAGACGGAGUGCUUUAAAAAUAGCAUCCUCUCCUCUGACAGCGCUGCUCCGGUGGCUCCGCUGCACUGUGGUGCGAGAAGCAGGAAUGCGAAGAUGGCUGCAGACCUCGGAGAGCUGCUGGUCCCAUACAUGCCCACCAUCAGAGUGCCCAGGACUGGAGACAGGGUUUUCAAGAGCGAGUGCGCCUUUUCCUUCGACUCUCCCGAGUCAGAGGGAGGCCUGUAUGUGUGUAUGAACACAUUCCUGGGCUUCGGACGGGAACAUGUGGAGAGACAUUAUCGCAAAACAGGACAGAGCGUUUACAUGCACCUCAAACGGCAUGUCAAAGAGAAAGCCACAGGAGCUGCAGGAGGUGCCAUCCCCAGACGAAGAAAUGGAAAAGUGUUUCUAGAUUUAGAGCUAAACCGUGAUUUUAACGGCGAGGACUAUGAAUAUGAAGACGAGGCCAAGCUCGUCAUUUUUCCAGACCACUUCGAGAUCCCCUUACCAAAUAUUGAGGAGUUGCCCGCUCUGGUGACCAUCGCCUGUGAUGCAGUGCUCAACGCACCAUCAGCCUACAAGAAGCAGGAGCCUGAAUCCUGGGAGGAGGAGAUCCAGGUGUCCAGACAUGCCAGGAGCCUCAGACAGCUGGAUAAUGGGGUCAGGAUCCCACCCAGUGGCUGGAAGUGUCAGAAGUGCGAGAUGAGAGAAAACCUGUGGAUGAACCUGACAGAUGGAGCCGUGUACUGUGGGAAGUGGUUCUUUGAUGGGAGUGGAGGAAACGGUCACGCUCUGGAGCACUACAAAGAGACCAAAUACCCCCUGGCUGUCAAACUGGACACCAUCACUCCAGACGGAGCAGAUGUCUACUCAUUUGAGGAGGAGGAGGCCGUGUUGGACCCCCACAUAUCAGAUCACUUGUCACACUUUGGAAUAGACAUGCUACAGAUGCAGAAAAGAACAGAGAAUGGCCACCACACAGACAAUAACGCCCGGCCGCGGGUCAGUGAAUGGGAGGUGAUCCAGGAGUCGGGCAUGAAGCUGAAAGCGGUGUUUGGCUCUGGUUACACAGGCAUCAAAAACCUGGGCAACAGCUGCUACUUCGGCACAGUGAUGCAGAUCCUCUUCAGCAUCCCUGACUUCCAGAGGAUGUAUGUGGGUAAUCUUCAGAGGAUAUUUGACUAUUCACCUCUCGACCCCAGCCAGGACUUCGCCACACAAAUGCACCAGCAGAGGGGCGUCUCUCCCCGGAUGUUAAAGGCCCUGGUCAGCAGGGGACACCCAGAGUUUUCCUCCAACAGACAACAAGACGCCCACGAGUUCCUCCUGCACAUGAUUAAUUUGGUGGAGAGGAACAGCACAGGCUCGGAGAAUCCAAGCGACGUCUUCCGCUUCCUGGUGGAGGAGCGAGUUCAGUGCUGUCAGACACGCCGGGUUCGUUACACUCAGCGGGUGGACUACUGCAUCCAGCUGCCAGCUCCCAUCGAGGCGGCCACCAAUCGAGAGGAGCUGCUGGCAUACGAGGCCAAGCGGAGGGACGCUGAGGAGAACAUGCGGGCUCCCCCUGAGCCGGUCAGAGCACGGAUCCCCUUCACAGCCUGCCUGCAGGCCUUCACAGAGCCGGAGAACGUCCCAGACUUCUGGAGCUCAGCGCUGCAGGCCAAGUCAGCUGGAGUCAAGACCUCUCGUUUUGCCUCCUUCCCAGAGUAUCUGAUUGUGCAGAUCAAGAAAUUCACUUUUGGGGUCGACUGGGUGCCGAAGAAGCUAGACUUGGCCAUAGACGUUCCAGACUUCUUGGAUCUGAGCAGGCUGAGAGCCUCUGGGCUGCAGGCGAGUGAAGAGGAGCUGCCUGACCUUAUGCCUCCCAUCGUGCUACCGGAAGACACCAGAGAUAACUCCAUGGGCUCCUCAGACUCUCCAGAAAUAGACGAGGCGGCAGUAAUGCAGCUGGCGGAGAUGGGCUUUCCGCUGGAGGCCUGCAGGAAGGCGGUCUACUACACAGGCAACAUGGGCCCCGAGAUGGCCUUCAACUGGAUCAUAGCCCACAUGGAGGAGCCGGACUUUGCAGAACCGCUCACUCUGCCCUCCAUGAUGGAUCCCGGUCCCUCCACCAGCGAUAGCCCCAUGGGCGCCACCCCGCUGGCCAACUCGCCCCCUGAGGAGAGCAUCGCCAUUCUCACUUCAAUGGGCUUCCCCCGCGCUCACAGCAUCCAGGCACUCAAAGCCACGAACAAUAACCUCGAACGAGCACUUGAUUGGAUCUUCACCCACCCGGAGGAGGAAGAGAGCGACGCCCUUUCAGACAUGGCUGACACGGAGCCCAACGACAACGCUUUCUCCAACGCCAACUCACACAGUGACUCCACGCUGUCCCCAGACAGAGACACGUCGGGCCCGCGGGUCAAAGACGGACCGGGACGUUAUGAGCUCUUUGCUUUCAUCAGUCACAUGGGAGCAUCCACAAUGUCUGGACAUUAUGUUUGUCACAUCAAAAAGGAGGGAAGGUGGGUGAUCUACAACGACCACAAAGUCUGUUUGUCAGAAAGGCCUCCAAAAGACUUGGGCUACAUCUACUUUUACCAUCGACUGUCGAGCAGUUAAACUGAAGUGACCGCCCCCUCCUCCACCGUACAACCUUUUAAAGAACCGCAAGUCUUUCCCCCCCCUAAGACUGGCAGACAACUAUAAUAACAGCCACAGUGAAAACGAUGGAGAUAACCUCUCAGACCAGCUGCUCGCCUUACUGUGAUGUCAUUCAGGAGCAAACCAGGAAAACUGGUCAGAGAAGGAAAGCAAUGUGCUUUUUGUGCAUUUGUGUUUUGUUAUGCUUUAAAUGUAUAUUUCAGUGUUUGUGUUUAAGAAAAGACAUUUUCUUGACAGUGCAGGUGCAGAGGGACGUGUGCAAUUUCCCCUUCUGUACACAAAAUAAUGUCACAUAUCAAAUCUCAUUGUUUCUCCUCUAUGCCUUCAGCUGCUGUGCCAGUAUUUUCAAUGGGGUACAUUUUAUAAAUGUAUAUUGAAAUGGCUUCACUGCCAGCCCUGAGAUGCUCUGCAACUGCAACAAGAAAUUACUGUGCUGCUGGUGGGUUUUAUAUUUUGCUCUCAGAUACAAAAGAAUGUUUUUCAUCCCCUGGAAAUUGAAAUAACAUUAAGAAUUAAAAUGUUUUGGUUGGACACAAAGAGAAAUCACCAACAUACUGUAUGUUCAGACUGAAGGAGAGCACCAAGAAGGCUGUGAACAGGUGUUAACUCGACUGUAGUUAAAAAUACAUUAUUACAGGUUGAGUAAUGGCUCAGACCUGCUUUAGUUCCACCUGGAGGUGAAGUUUGUCCCUUUUAAUGAGAAACUCUCUGAGGUGAACAGGCUGAGUUUUCAAAAUAGAAGUAUUUUCCUUCCCUGAAAGCACUUUGACAAAAACAAGUUCAUAUGUUGCAGCUGAUGCAGUUCAAGUGGACUUUUAUUCACCAGCUAUAAGCAACUGAAUGUGAUAUCUUAAAAUUCAACUUCAGUGCUGCUGAGCCCUUGACGUGGCCCUAAGUCUAUAAAGAGACGACACUAUUGCAUAUAAUUAAUGCCUAAUAUAAGCAAAGCAGUGCUUAUUCCAAGAUAUCAAAUCAGAAGUGCGUGAACUUCUUUCAUUCAUACGCCCAAAUUCCAAGAUAGUUCUUAAACUUAAACUCUCAGCUGCAGCCGGUCCAGUUUGUUUCCUUUAUCACUCUGACAGAUUGAGUCUGUGACCCAAAAGUUAAAAUGAAUGUUUCCGCCUCACCUGUUACCACAUUUUACAGGUCAGUUAACUCAUGUAUGCAUCCGAACUGUUUUCACGUCUAAAGCAAUAUAUGCAACUACAACCAAAUCUAUUCUUAAACCUGCUGUAUGAUCAAAGCUGUAAGGUGACCUAAUAACAGACCGUGGUGCGGUGCUGAAUGUAAAAAUUCAUGGUGCUCACUGCAACCAAAACCUCCUGUUCAGCUUCAACACAAAAACCACAGUGAACGUAGAACUGGCCCUUUGCUGUUGAGUCACUAUGAAUAACCUCAUGCUGGGUUAUAAUCCGCAGACUCUGUACUCUUCUCAUUUAUCUACUCAGUGUGUUCAUAAUGUGCCGGACAGAUUCAGUGUAGAUAUUAUGUGGUUGUUUGUCAAAUAUUGGUGAAUCGGCAGCCUCUAAUAGAGUCUGGUCAGUGGCACAAUACGUAAUUCCAGUUUGUUGACCUUGGCAAGCGGCACAUCUGUCUUUCACUCCGUUGUGCACUUUUGGGUGCAUAUUUUAAAGGGGAGCGCUGCUGAAAAUAGACUUUCUGAGCGAUACUGUAUUACAUAUUUAGAUGAUUUUGGAGUCAUUACCUCUCAUAUUCAAGGAGAGGACAAUCCUCUGACAAUAAUAAUUGAAAGAACAAAAGGAGAGUAUUUUACUGCAUAUCUGAUGAACAUCAAAAACUGUGGAUCAGUCAGGUAAUGCUUUUCUCAAAUGAACUCUGGACAUUGUCUGGAGAUUUAUGUCCGGGCAUGAUCCGGAGUUUCUCUUUCACACAUGUUGCACCCAGCAGGAGAUUGUAUCAGAUAUUUUACCCUCUGGAAAUACUCCGUUUGGUUCAGACCAGUGGUUCCCAACUGCUGAGUCAAGGUCCAACAGUGGGUUGAUAGUCCAUUCUGAGUGGACCGCAAGCAACUUUCAAACAUGUCAACUUGGUAAAAAACCCACCGAAAGGGGGAUUUAUACUGGGCGGCAGACCCUACGCUGUAGCCUGUGCACAUGGCCUAUGCAACCAUUUAUGAGAUGUCUGUGUCACUCUGCAGAUACACCUCUAAAACACUAGUCAGUGGCGGGAAUUCUGUGAAAUGCUGUAAAGUUUAGUUGAUUUAAAACACACAUUAAACAUGGCUUAAUAGAGACUAUUUCAAA